CCGGCAAAACCCACCACUAAAAGCCACGUUCAGAUCCGCACAGCGGAGCCGCCCCGAAACCGAAUCCUCCUCCGCUCGCUAGGGUUUUGCCCCCCGCGCCGCCGCACUCCCUGCCACCCCCGAGAGGCGCCAUGGCCGGCGGUCCCGCGGCGGUGUCGUUCCUGACCAACAUCGCGAAGGCGGCGGCGGGGCUCGGCGCCGCGGCCUCCCUCCUCUCCGCGUCGCUCUACACCGUCGACGGCGGCGAGCGCGCCGUCAUCUUCGACCGGUUCCGCGGGGUGCUCCCGGAGACCGUCACCGAGGGCACCCACUUCCUCGUCCCCUGGCUCCAGAAGCCCUACAUCUUCGACAUCCGCACGCGCCCGCACAACUUCUCCUCCAACUCGGGCACCAAGGACCUGCAGAUGGUCAACCUCACUCUCCGCCUCCUCUCCCGCCCCGACGUCGACCACCUCCCCACCAUCUUCACCUCCCUCGGCCUCGAGUACGACGACAAGGUCCUCCCCUCCAUCGGCAACGAGGUGCUCAAGGCCGUCGUCGCCCAGUUCAACGCCGACCAGCUCCUCACCGAGCGCCCCCACGUCUCGGCCCUCGUCCGCGACGCGCUCAUCCGCCGCGCCCGCGAGUUCAACAUCAUCCUCGACGACGUCGCCAUCACCCACCUCUCCUACGGUAUCGAGUUCUCUCAGGCUGUCGAGAAGAAGCAGGUCGCGCAGCAGGAGGCCGAGCGCUCCAAGUUCCUCGUCGCCAAGGCGGAGCAGGAGAGGCGCGCGGCCAUCGUGCGCGCAGAGGGAGAGAGCGAGUCCGCGCGCCUCAUCUCUGAGGCCACGGCAAUGGCUGGCACUGGGCUGAUUGAGCUCAGGAGGAUCGAGGCGGCCAAGGAAAUUGCUGCGGAGCUGUCUCGCUCGCCGAACGUGGCAUACAUUCCUGCUGGUGACAACGGCAAAAUGCUGCUUGGUCUUAAUGCUGCCGGAUUUGGCCGGUGAUUCACCAGUCUGUUUUAAUUAAGCCUUUUGUUCCUUGAGCAUCUGCCUGCCUGUGCUAUGCUAUGCAUGACUAAAACUGUGGAUCAAAAGACAAUGAUAUCUGCUACUUUUGCUUAAAUUUCAGUUGUCUUGGAACGAAAUGUGUUAGUCUUGUGCUACAAAUAAUAUCUGGGUCUGGGGUCUGAAUGCAUUUGUGAUUUGUCUGGUUAA